UAUAUAUAAGCCCCCAAUAACCCUUCUUCUUCAACCCCUCAAUUCAUCUCUUAAUCCCCCCCCUCUCUCUCUCUAAAAUUCAUUUCCAGAAAAUGGAAAUGGAAAGCAGUAUACCCAUAGUGAAGAGAGUGUGGAGCUUAGUUCGUGUGGCCUUCUUCAUGUUGAGGAAAGGCGUAUCCAAGGGCAAGCUAAUGAUGGACCUAAACAUGAUGCUCAAGCGCCGUCGCAAGACCGCCGGCAAAGUUAUUUCCAACCUCAUGUUCCCCCACCACCACGACGGCAGUUCACACCUUCAGUACUCUGGCCAGCGCGAGUACGAGUUCAGCUGCAGCAAUACACCAAACAACUUCUUCUUGCCCGUCGGCAGCAGCAAGCGCCACCGCCAAAGUCGCCACACUCACCAGAGUCACGCACACUUAUUUGCUUGUGCUCACGCACCGCCCACUCAGGACGACGAAGUGGUGGUGAAGGCGGUGUUGGCGAUGCUGAACAAUGACGUCAUGAUAGAGGCGUCGUCGCCAGCUCUUCCUGGGUUUGGCAGGAGCCCCAUGGUGCGUCAGCUGAGGGUGACGGACUCUCCAUUCCCAUUGCGAGACACCGAUGAGGACCACCAGGUAGACAAGGCGGCGGAAGAAUUCAUAAAGAAGUUUUAUAAGGAGUUGAAGAACCAGAGUUGAAUCUUCAUCGUCAUUAUCUUUUAUAUAUAUAUAUAUAUAUAUAUAUAUAGCUUCUUACUCCAUGUUAAUUACGUUAUGACCGACUACAAAAUUUUGAAGUUUGACGUUUAUCCCAGCCAGUGUGACGACAUGACUUUGGUUCAUGUUGUUAUUUAAUAUAUCCAUGUGAUGGGAUUUCGUACGUUUAAAUUUUGCUUAUGAGAAUAAGAAUUAGGAGUUUACGAGUGUAAUGUACUAAAGCUCUCUUUGUUAAUUUAAUCAUACCUAUCACUCCUUGUUUCUCUGUUA